AUGUGUUGUAGUAAUCUGGCUGAAUUAGCUGCUGACCGAAAAAACGUAAGACUAAUUGAAAUGUACAUAACAAUCACAUCUUAUUUCAACGCAGAUACAAUGAAGUUUUUAGUCAACAAAAUGUUAGAAUGCAAAGAUGUUGAAACAGUUGAACACUAUUAUAAUGUUCUUGAUAAAAACCUCAAGCUGCAUCCACCAUGUGCUCAAUACAUGGAUGAAGAGUAUGAACAAUUGCUGCUUAGUUCAUAUAGGAAAUAUUUUGGGGAAAUGACUCUGUGGGAUUAUAUAAUAGAAUGCUUAAAGAACAUAACAAGAGGAUCUCUUUUAUACGGGGACGAUGAUGCAUUUGAUUUGGCAUUCAAAAGAUGUUUUUGUUUUUGCAUAUGUAUUUUACAAGUUGACUUUGAAGUGUCCAAAAAUAAAAGAUCUUUGGUUGCAAAAUGUCUGAAGUAUAAGCUUGAAAGAGAAACAAGAAUGAAUGAAAUCAGCACACUUUUGGAUAAGUCGUAUAACACUGGGUAUAAUUUUCAAAUGCCUGUUAUCCAUCUUGCAAUACUUGUAAGUCAGUUGCAAUGCAAUUAAAAUAUUAUCUUUUCGUCUUAUGCGCUUAUUGUUUGAUUACAUUUAAGUAAAUAAAGUUUUUUUUA